AUGAACCUUACAUGCAACCUAAAGUCUGGAACGCUCGGACUGGAGCCGGACUUCCUGUACCCUCUAGAGAACGUGACCAUCCUCCAGGAGAGGAACGCUACCUUCACCUCUAUAUUUCCUACUUGUCAACACGUUACUUCCUGUUGCAGCGCUCGGACUGUAGCGGGACUUCCUGUACCCUCUGGAGAACCGCUCGGACUGGAGCCGGACUUCCUGUACUUUCUGAAGAACGUGACCACCCUCCAGGAGAGGAACGCUACCUUCACCUCUAUAUUUCCUACUUCGCUCGGACUGGAGCCGGACUUCCUGUACCCUCUGGAGAACGUGACCAUCCCCCAGGGGAGGGACGCCAUCUUCACCUCUAUAUUUCCUACUUGUCAACACGUUACUUCUUGUUGCAGCGCUCGGACUGGAGCCGGACUUCCUGUACCCUCUGGAGAACCGCUCGGACUGGAGCCGGACUUCCUGUACCCUCUGGAGAACGUGACCAUCCCCCAGGGGAGGGACGCCAUCUUCACCUGUGUUGUCAACAACCUGGGAGGGUACAGGGUUGCAUGGAUCAAGGCUGAUACAAAAGCUAUCCUGGCGAUCCACGAACACGUCAUCACCAACAAUCAACGACUCAGCGUCACUCAUAAUGACUUCAACACUUGGACUCUGAACAUAAGGGGUGUGAAAAGAGAAGACAGAGGAACUUACAUGUGCCAAGUCAACACCGAUCCUAUGAAGAGCCAGAUGGCGUUCCUAGAGGUGGUGAUUCCCCCGGACAUCAUCUACGAGGAGACCUCGGGCGACAUGAUGGUGCCGGAGGGGGGCUCCGCCAAGCUAGUGUGCAAGGCCCGAGGGUUCCCUAAGCCUAAGGUGGUCUGGAGGAGGGAGGAUGGUGGAGACAUCAUCGUGCGGUCUCCGGGCAAAACCAAGAGCACCUCAGCUGUCGAGCAUGUAGCCACAGUAGAAGGAGAGGUUCUGACACUCAACAAGGUGACUCGCUCAGAGAUGGGAGCUUACUUGUGCAUCGCAGCCAACGGUGUCCCUCCUUCAGUCAGCAAACGCAUGAUGCUGCACGUACAUUUUCAUCCUCUGAUCCAAGUACCCAAUCAGCUGGUCGGGGCGCCCACCAGUACUGACGUGCCUCUGCUGUGUCAUGUGGAGGCUUCUCCUAAAGCCAUCAACUACUGGACAAGGGAGACCGGUGAGAUGAUUAUAAGCAACGACAAGUAUCUGAUGUCAGAGGAGUCUAGCUCUUACUACAGCACGGCCAUGAAGCUAGUUAUCCAAGACUUCCAAAAGUCAGACCUCGGGGGCUACAAAUGUAUCUCCAAGAACUCCAUCGGGGACGCCGAAGGAAACAUUAGACUUUACGAGGUGGAAGUGAAGAGGCCACCCAAGUCAGACAAUGAAGAGGACAACGAGCUCGGUGAAGGUCAAAGGUUAACAAACGGUCACCAGGGUCCACUGAGGGAAGGGGAGGAGAAGGCUACCGAGGGGUUGACGACGGACGGAGGUCAGUCCUCGGCGACCAGGAGACUCUACAGCCUAGGACUUCUGGCGUCCACGCUACUGCACUAUCUGUGAACGCCGCAUAGACAUUGGUAGGGUGGGUGGAAUGAUCAGGAGUUAUAGGUAUUGGGAUUUACACUAAGCUUUAUUUUUGCAUUUUUACCAUACAUAUUAUAAUGUUUAUCCAAAGAUAAUAAGGCUGUGUUCAAAAAGGGUUUUCUUAAAGGAGGUUCAUGUUUCGGGAGUUCUUUUCGAAAUGGGUCCCCUUUGAAAAAUUAUUUUACUAUAGGAGGGUCCACAAUAAUAUGAGGCAUGUGAGGAAUUUUUAGAAAGAGUAUCCUAAA